AUGGAUCUGGAGCAAACAUUUCUUGAUGCUGCCUUGGAAGUUCUACCUGAGCUUUCAUCAGGAAACAAGAGUAGCCUUGGAGAACACUUGCAGUCCAUUGGAGUGAAGACUUGUGAUGAUCUGCAGUUUGUAACAGAGGGUGAUUUGAUGACCGUGCUAAGACCUAUACAAGCCAGGAGGCUUCUUUUGUUUUGGAAACAGAAAUACCCUCCUUCUGAGAACAGUCACCCUUCAUCUGUGGAAGCCUCACCCUCCCAACCACUGACAUCAUCCCGAAGUUCAUCAUCCUCCAGCCCAGUACCUGAUAUAGAGUGGGAUGACUUUGAUGUUCCUUGGCGCAAGUUCCCUGAAGAACUAAUUCAAUGUUUGGAGCGAGGAAAGAGGCCAGGGCCUAAACUCAGGAGGCAGAUGGUACGGAUAGUUGUAACUGAGAUGAUGCGGAAAAGCCCUCAUGUAGGCAAAAAACACGCAACUAUUGUUGCCAAGAAAUUGGUUGCAAAAUAUCCCCAGGCAUUACAGGAUGUUAUAGAGGGUGAUGUCGUCGGAGCAGGCUACCAUUCGCUUGUGAAGCAGCUGUUCUACCGCAUUGAAAAUGCCAGACGAAGCGAAACGCCUAAAUUAAGAAAAAGAAGACUUCAGAUUGACGAUGAGACGGACGACACUGACGAGACUCCUAUUGAAGAGAGAGCAGCCGUGCAAGACACUUAUGGAUGUGUGAAAUGGAAUGUGAAAUUCUUGCCCCUUGAAGAAACUACGGAGAGCCAACGGCAGAAGUUGGAGAAACUUAAGGUGAUGUUCCAACAAAGUCACACAAACCUUGACGAGAUCAGAAGUCUCAUGGAAUCAACGUAUUACACACAACGCCAACACAUCAAUCAGGGGAAAUCGAUCACUUGGCUUCGAGAGGAGUGGCCAUUCUUGUUCCAGGAGCUUGGAAUGUCUGUCCACUUCCAGGAGCUAACUGGCAUUGAGCUCCAAAGCAGUUUCUCGAGAAAUUUAGAUUUGAAGGGGCAAAGACUACUGCACUACUUGACCACUGUGUGUGUGAAGAAAAGCAAGAGGAUGCUGGAAACAUUUGGGAACGUUCAGAGGAUGCGGGGACAGGAGAGUGGCUGCUCUGAAGAUUUGAAAGAGAUGUUUCUCCUCCUGCUUUCUUACUUCGAGGAGAAGGAGUCUUCUUUGUUCUUCUAUGUGGAUGAUGCCACUCUGGCAGAGGAGGUCCAAUUGGAGCAAGUGCCUAUGACACCUGCUAUAAUUGUUUGUGGACAGACCUGCUUUUCUGCCAGAAGGUACAUGCUAAGUCUGGAUCGGCACAUCGUCAACGGAAACAUCUGCGCCUUCAUCACUGCGUUGUGUCUCAUGUUCGGCAGCUUUUACUGCUUCAACAUACAUUACCCCUCUGAGCUUGCUUCCACCCUGGAGUUCCUUCAAAGGUGCUUUUUCAAUAUAAACCCAGAAAAGGGGACCAAAGUGGAGAAGAACUCAAAGCGUCACCUGACCGUCAAUCCUCGAGUCCUCACCCUGAUACAGGACAUCUCUGACCACGAGUGGCGUGCCAGUUAAGUGUGCGUGUGUGUGCGUG